UUCCUGAUCCCAGCUGCCAUUAUCCAUCCUACCCUAGCUAGCUACCGAGCCAACCUCGGGAAUGGCAGAUCAGCGCAAGGUUUCCACUGCCGUUGUUGCUGAAUCCGAGGAAAGGUCCUUCGUGUUCAAGGUACAUGGGUACUCAAGAGCCAAGGAGCUGUUCAAGAACGGCGAGUGCGUGGCUUCUCCCCCUUUCAGCAUCGGAGGUGACAACUGGGUUCUCAAGUAUUACCCCAAUGGCCGCUCGGCACUUAGUGCUGCUUGCAUAUUCCUGCUUCUUCACUCUGUUGAUGGAAAGGAUGUGAAUGCGGAAGCCAGAUCUAUUCGUGUACUUGGCAAGGAUGGUCUACCAGUACCAGUGACACAAUUCAUGGGUAAUACCUCUGUACCGACCUUAACAGCCAAAAACUCAUUUUUUGGUUACCAUAUCGAUCGGGUGAAAUUGGAGCAAUUAGGGUAUAUAAUACAUGACUGCUUAAGCAUCAGGUGUGACCUCACUGUCAAGAAGGAUAUCCACAGCGAAGAAGCAUCUGGUAAUCAGUUUGUUGUGGUCCCUCCGACCGACUUGCAUCAGCAUUACCGAGACCUCCUAGACAGCACGGAUGGAGCGGACGUGACCUUUCAUGUCGGCGGAGAGAAGUUCUUGGCUCAUAGGAUCGUGCUGGCUGCUAGGUCAUCCGUAUUCAAGGCGGAGCUCCUCGGCACCAUGAAGGAGAAAACCGGCAGUCCUAUUGAAAUCGCCGACAUGGAACCUGAUGUGUUCAAAUCCCUGCUUCACUUCAUAUACACCGAUGCGCUGCCUGUUUUUGGGUUGGCAAGUAACCAAGGUGAAGCACGUCGAGAUUUGGUGAUGGCUGGCCAUCUGCUCGUGGCAGCGGACAGGUACAACAUCGGCAGGCUUAAAUUGAUAUGCGAGCACAAGUUAUGCAGCCAUAUUGAUGCCAACAUGGUGGCAACCAGUUUGGCUUUAGCUGAGCAGCAUAACUGCAGUGGACUCAAGGAAGCUUGUUUACAGUUCCCCACUUCUCCUGACAAUUUGGAGGCGAUGAAGGCAAGUGAUGGCUACAAGCAUCUAAAAAUCAGUUGCCCGUCUGCACUUAGGGAGCUGAUUGCUAGGCUCCUGCCAGUUGAUAUGAAAGCAGCCAAGGAAAUUAUCAUGGAGAUUUAGUAGUGUGGCUCAUAAUGACCAAAUCUGAAUUAAUUAGGCAUGUUUCAGCUUAGUUCUUAUGUAUGCUUACAUGUGUCCUCGGCUAUCUAUGUCUGUUGUGAGUUCGUUGGGUUGUAGAGUGUGAAUCGAAUGCUAACUUCGGCUUAAGUGAAAUCGGGCAUCAUGUUGUCUCCUUUGAUUGAAAAACUCCUAUCUAUUUAUACCUAUAUUACAACUAGAACGAGAUUG